AUGCAUUCUUCUCAACUCUGCCUGUUUGCACUUCCUCUACUUCCUUCAACGCCUCUCUGUCCUUGUGCUUGUCUUUUUAUCCUUCACUUUCUACUUCUUGUCCUACUCCUACUCCUUUUCCAUGUAGUACCACUUCUUCUCCUCUUCCUCUUCCUCUUGCUCUUCCUUCUCCUUCUUCCUCUACCUCUCUUCCUCUUCCUCUUCCUCUUUCUUCUCCUCCUUCUUCCUCUUCCUCUCCCUCUCUUCCUCAUUCUUCUCCUUCUACCUCUCCUUCUCCUCUUCCUCCUUCUCCUUCCUCUCCCUCUCUUUCUCCUCUUCCUUAUUCUUCUCUUCCUAAUUUUUCUUCUUCUCCUUCUUCUCCUUCUACCUCUCCUUCUCUUCUUCCUCUUCCUUCUUCUCAUUCUCCCUCUUCUACUCUUCCUCAUUCUUCUCCUU